GAAUACUCAUUUGAUAUUCAAAGACAAAACAUGUUGACAAUUUUUUUAAAUAAUUUUAGCCUUAUCUGAGUUCAAAAUUCAAUAAAUCGUUUGUAAAAUCUUAACCUUUUAAUGACUAUAACAAAAUUGAUUACAUGAACGCAAUACAGUUCCAAAAGUAUCAAGUGUAACUGAGGAUGAAAACGAAAACACAUUGUUCUUUCAUCCUUGCUUAUAUUGGCAUUCUGAAAACUAAUGACGCUGAAAAAUAUAAAACGUUUGUAAAAUAUGAAGUCUGUUCUAAGUCACAUUUCACAGUGGUUUUUAAAUGAAACAAAUAAUGUUAACAAAGUGAAGUGCUUAGAAAAUUACAAUGCAGAUCGAUGUACUCUGUUUACCACAUAUUGUAUAUCAAUAUGUAGUAAACGUUGUCUACUCUCAUAGAACAGUCAAAUCUAAUUAGACUAUGUAAACUUCUCUACAGAGAUUUGUAAUGAGUCUUGUCUAUUGCCUUAUUUCAAUAUAAACAUUUGAAAGAGAGAAAUGCAAUCUUGUAAAUCGGCUAUGCAUCUUGAUGAGUGAACAAAGGAAUUGAGGAAAACAAGGUAUUAGCAUGAAAACAUUAGGAUAUGUGACUAUGUUUCACAGAAAUAAGUAAUCUGGAUAGAACAAUUCGUAAAUUUAUGUAAAGUUAAAGAGUCUAUAACUGAACUAUCUAUGAUGGAUUUGAUGGGAAUAGAAAAUUUAAACAAAUUCAGUGCAGGUGGAGGCAAGGUACCAUCUGUAGUGGAUACAAAACAUGAAAAAGCAUUUUCUGAUAUACCUGCUUGCACAGACAAAACGUUUUCUCUUACAAGAAGACAUUCAACUGGAACAUUUAUUACGGAAGCAGAAUUAAAAUGUUGCAAAGAUGAAAAACAUGAAGGUCAAAAUUACAAUACAAUAAUGCAAGUGAGAAAAGUGAGCCGGCAAUUCUCUCGCGAAAAUUUUAUACAGGAUGUUGAAGCUGCUAAAUGCAGUAGAUUUUACAGUAGAAGAAAUGCCCUAUGUGAUCCGUUUAGAUUGUUGAUUCCACAGCAUAUGCGUGAACAGUUGGGACUUGGAACAUACGAGGAAAGUGUCAAAGAUUGAAACAUAACAUAUUUUUUUUCUUUAAUUUCCUGGACAAGGAAGACGAACUCUUUUUUUUUAACAAAGUGGCGAAAUCAAUGGACUUUAUUUGAAAUAAUGGAUUUAUUUUUAAUUUAUUUCAUCAUAAAAAUGACAUAACUAUUAUCUUUGAUAUAUGUUAUUUAAUUCUAAAUAAAGUUCAAUCUUCUACGAUUUGCUUGACUUAAUAUACACAUAUCUGACAACUUAAAGCUAUUUCAUUUAAUUACAAAUACAGUUUUGUACAU